AAAGGGAGAAGGUGCAACAAAACCAAACGAGACGUCGUCCAUUGCAAACCUUCUCUCCAUCUUUGACCACCACAGCAGCUCGUAGACAAAUCCAGUCUCUCUCUACUUGUUUCACACAGAAGUCGGUGUUAAUGGCUGGUCGUUUUGAUCCUAAUCCUUUUGACGAGGGAGAUGAAGUUAAUCCAUUCGCUGAUCAAGGAGCUGGGGGUAAAGGAGCUGGCAAGACAAAUUAUACUGGAGGUUCAUUCUACACGACAAGUGUUCCUUCUGCUACGAACUCUCGACUAUCACCUCUUCCUCACGAACCUGCAGAUUUCUAUGACAGGAGCGCCCCAGUUGACAUCCCUCUUGAUUCAGCUGCAGAUUUGAAGAAGAAAGAGAGAGAGUUGCAAUCCAGGGAAGCUGAUUUGAGGAAGAGGGAAGAGAUAGUAAAACGGAAAGAAGAAGCAGCUGCACGAGCUGGUAUUGUUCUUGAGGAGAAAAAUUGGCCGCCAAUUUUUCCCAUUAUUCAUCAUGAUAUUGCAAAUGAGAUCCCGAUUCAUCUACAGAAAUUGCAAUAUGUUGCAUUCACAACAUACUUGGGAUUAGUUCUCUGUCUUCUGUGGAAUAUUAUAGCCACAACAACAGCUUGGAUUAAAGGAGAAGACCCGAAGAUCUGGUUUCUUGCUCUAAUCUACUUCAUCUCGGGAGUUCCACUUGCCUACGUGUUGUGGUACCGGCCUCUUUAUCGUGCAUUUAGGAGUGAAAGUGCAUUGAAGUUCACUUGGUUCUUCAUAUUUUACUUGGUUCAUAUAGGCUUCGUCAUCUUUGCUGCAGUUGCCCCUCCCGUUGUCUUCAAAGGAAAAUCUCUUGCCGGAAUUCUACCAGCAGUUGACCUUGUAGGCAAGCACGCUUUGGUUGGGAUUUUCUAUUUUGUAGGAUUUGGGUUGUUCUGUCUCGAGUCGCUGCUCAGCAUCUGGGUUAUUCAGCAAGUAUACAUGUAUUUCCGUGGAAGUGGCAAAGCAGCAGAGAUGAGACGUGAAGUUGCUAGAGGCGCCGUAAGGGCAGCAGUAUGACAGGACCUGCAAACGUUCGCUAUAAAUCACCUGACGCACGAGUUCUCCGGUGGUCGGUUCGGGGGCAACCACGAUGUUAAUUCUAAAAAGCUUGUUUUUUGGGAAUGUUUUUUUUUCUUAAUAUUAUGGAAGAAUUUUUAUAUGAUGCAAAAGUAUAGAAAGAUGGCAACAUUUGGUAGAUUACCUCUGUAAAUCUUGUGUUAUAUGAUACCUUGAUUGUUCAUGUUUUUUU